AUGAAUCGCCCAAAGUACUUCCAUCAGCUGUCUCCGCCUCCACUCGAUCUGCCCGAGAUCAUCGACCGAAUCCGCGCUGACCUCUCACUCGCCGACAUCUGGAAGUGCACCCAGGUCUGCACAAUAUGGUCCCAACAGUUCUCGCCCUUCCUCUGGGAGACCUUCCGCUAUAACCGUCUCGAACACCAGGACCUCGAACGCAGCGGACACCUCGUCCGAGACCUCAUUACCUUCUCCCUUCGCGACAGUGAUCUCAAGUCCAUCGCUCGACACCUUACCGCCUUGACCGGCGCCACCCUCGAAAUCGAGACCCUCAACGACCCCUCGAGCCUCUUUGAGUUCUAUGCCUCUGCCUCCAACCUCCGGAGGCUGACAAUCCAGCUCCCAGACCCCAGCGAACUUGGUCCUUCUCAAAAGGCUCUCUUGUUCCCAGUCGCCCAGGGUGCCCUGGCAAACCUGACAAAGCUCCAACUCAUCGGGAUGGACAACAGACGAUACGCGCCUGUGUACCAAUCAGGAAUGAUUUACCGCGUCCUCGAGGCGUGCCCUCGUCUGGAGUAUCUCGAACUAUCUGCCAUUCGAAUCGUCGAUACUAUCAGGCAGUGGGACGAGGCGUACCAGAACAGCUUUAGCAGCCCCAACUCACUCCCCGUGCCCGCACGGAGGUUCGGGUCACGGGUAGGGACCCACUUGUCAUCAUCGUCAUCAUCGUCUUGGAUUCCUUGGAGCUGGAACAGCGGACCGACACCAGGCGGCCACUCUCACUCCCACCCACCGAGACUGGACGAUAGGGCGUCGAAUGUAGAGACCAAGGGGGAAGAGCUGUUUGAUGCUGACCAGUUACCGCCAUACAACAAGGACUUCAAGUGUCAGAGUCUCCGUGUCUUGAAGCUGUUCAGUAUCUACGGCAAGCAGAUUUCAGGAGGGAACUUUGUCCACGGAAUCCUCCAACGAACCCCCAACCUGCACCAACUGUACCUAAAGUCGGCUCCGGCUGACAUCGACAACCUGGCAACACUCUGCCCGGAUCUCCGGUUGAUCUCCCUUCAGGACUACCACCAGAGCCAACCCUACACCCAGCCCCACAUUGCAACCUACCUGGAAAGCCCUGCAGGGCAGCUAGAAAAACUGUCGACUAUCAGACUGGAAAAAUGUCGAAUCACCACACAGGAUUUGCAGAACAUCCAGCCCAACCUUAAGCAGAGAGGGCUAAAGCAUCUCUCCGUCUUGAAGUGCGAGGGGUCUUCAGCCAUGGCCUGGGCCAACUUUAUCGGACAGUGCGAGGCCCUUGAGAGUAUCUCGAUCGAUGAUCUCUUGUUUGCUUUUACCAAUGAAAUGGUCAUCGACGCGGAGAAUCCCGUCCGGUCUGGAGCUCGACAACAGCGAGAGACGAUUCCGUCCGCAAUCCGGUGGGAAUGCAACCAGAUUCGGUACCUAGACAUCCACGGACAUCAUGGCAGGGAAGGGACGUUCGACUAUGUAUUCCUGGUCAUGGUCUCCAAGUUGCCCUUCCUCGAGUUCCUGGGAAUGAACUCUGUACAUGUACCCUGGCUGAUGAAGAUGGAGCCGAUUCAAUAUGCGAAGGAGCCAGGAUCGACGACAGCGAUACAAGGAGACGACAACAGUGAAGUGACAAAGGAGGAUUAUCUGCGUGAAGUCCUUCCACUAGGCUUGUUCGAGUCUGUUAGGACACUGUCGCUCGAGUCUGCCAACCGUCGUGACAAGUACUUUGGCCACACGUCCGAGGUCGUGUUGACAGCGCAGCAAAUCCGGUACCUGUACCACGCCUUUCCUGCCCUGAACACAAUUGUGUACAACUCGCUCAAGUGCCCCUGCUUGAUUGAUGCCAUGGAAUGGCUUAAGAACUCACCCCGCAACAUCCAAGUUGUUCACAGAACAUCAACACAGAUAGAGACUCAAUCCCUUGGCCUUUAG